AUGUCCGCACCUCACCCACUCCCGCCAUCCAUCAACGUCAAUGAUCUGACAUAUCACUUCCCGGACAUGUCGACCGGCGUGUCGCACAUAUCCCUGAACGUGCCGCCGCGGUCUCGCACGCUGCUCAUAGGCGCCAAUGGCGCUGGCAAGACCACUCUCCUGCGACUGCUGGCGGGCAAGCGCCUUGCGCCUGGUGGCGCCAUCAAGAUCUCGGGCGUGGACCCGUUCACCGACGGGCUCGAGGGCGUGACGUACCUGGGGCUGGAGUGGGUGCUGAACCCGAUCGUGCGGACAGACAUUGGCGUCUCGGAACUGCUGCGGUCUGUCGGCGGCGACGCCUACCCGGAGAGGAGAGACGAGCUGGUCGGCGUGCUCGACAUCGACACGAACUGGCGCAUGCACGCCGUGUCGGACGGCGAGCGCCGCCGCGUGCAGCUGGCCAUGGGCCUCGUGCGGCCGUGGACGGUGCUGCUGCUGGACGAGAUCACCGUUGAUCUGGAUGUGUGGAGCCGUGCGCAGUUUCUGGGCUGGCUGCGCGCCGAGACCGAGUCUCGUGAUUGCACGAUCGUCUACGCUACUCACAUCUUAGACAAUCUGGCUGGCUGGCCGACGCAUCUCGUCCACAUGCAUCUGGGCACGGUGCGGGAAUGGGGCCCCGCGGAGAGCUUCCUGAGUAGGCUCGAGGGCGAGGCGAGCGGCAACUCCAGGCUGGGCGAGCUUGUGCUGGGCUGGUUGCGGGACGACCUGAAGGACCGUGGACCGAGAAGCCAGCAUAAACGCGGUCCGGAGGGGAAGAGCUAUGCCCAUCUGACUGGUGUUGGGGGUUAUGGUGACGAGUCUACCAAAGGUCCUCCUCCAAAGGACUAG